UCCAGCCCAUUUAGCCAGGUUUUCCAAUGGAAAGAAAGAAGCGGGCCAAUCCCUACAAAGAAGGCACCGACCCAUUGCAAAGCGUCAAUCUCCCCCUCCUCUCAGCCCCAACCAUACCCCGGCGCCGCCGCUACCUGCUGCUACGCUGAAGGAUCAAGAACUCAUCGCCAUUGCCGCCGGUCUUCGUGCUGCCCGUUCGACGGAAUGCCCCCGAAGGCAUCCAAGCGGUGGGUGCCGGUUAACCGGCCGGCCUUGGCGUCUCCUGCUGCGGGUAACCCGUCCAACGGAGUGCCCCCGAAGAUAUCCAAGCGGUGGGUGCCGGUUAACCGGCCGGCCAUGACGUCUCCUGCUGCAGGCAACCCGUCCGACGGAAUGCCGCCGAAGGUGGUGCUGGUGAACCGGCCCAUGGGGACGGGGACGGGGACGUCUCACGGGGCAGGCAAACCGUCGAGCGAAAUCCCCUGGAAGGCAUCCAAGCGAUGGGUGCCGGUUAACCGGUCGGCCGUGCCGUCUCCUGCUGCAGGCAAGCUGUCCGAUGGAAUGCUUCCAAAGGUAGUGCCAGUGAACCGACCCAUGGGGACGGGGAAGCCUCGCGGGGCAGGCAAACCAUCGAACCAAAUCCCCCGGAAGGUAUCCAAGCAAUGGGUACCGGUUAACCGACCGCCAACUGUGGGGACACCUCGCUUGGCAGGCGACCCCGCCGACAGGCUCAGCGACCUCCCGGACGCGCUGCUGCACCACAUCAUGUCGUUCCUGAAGGCGUGGGAGAUGGUCCGCACGUGCAGGCUCUCGCGGAGGUGGCGCAACCUCUGGGCCUCUGCGCCUUGCAUCGACGUCCGCGUGGGACUCCAUGAUAACCCACCUGAGGAGUUCGCCAAGUUUGUUAACCGGUUGCUGCGCAGCCGGGACGCGCUCACGCCAGUGGACACGCUCCGUGUGCGCUCGGUUGGUGAGGAUGAUUUCUAUGAGACUUAUAACGAUGGCAAUGUCAAGAGCUGGAUCCGUACUGCUAUCAAGAGAAAAGCUCGUGCCAUUCAGCUUAAUGGGCAUCUCCACAAGUACAUUACGCUGGAUCGCAUAGACUUCGCCUCUUGCCAUCUCAAAAUCUUGAAACUGUCAUAUGUCGAGCUAGAUGAUAAAGUUGUGAAGCAGCUCUCUUCUCGGUGCCCUUUGGAAGAACUAGAGCUCAAGAGCUGUGUGGUAGGUGCCCAUGAGAUUUUGUCCUUCUCUCUGAAGAGUUUGACCAUGGUCAAGUGCAAGCUUACUAUGAACCUCUCGGUGGAUGCCCCAAACCUCAUGUUCUUUCGUUGCAUCAAACCUGAGAAGUGGGUUCCUGUAUUCAAGAACUCUGUGUCUCUUAUCAGAGGCAGUAUCAUGCUUGAUGACUCUUUAUUAAGUCGUGAGUUUCAAAAGUACCAUGAGGAUGAGGAUGAAUUCCCUCAGACUAGCGAUGAAGAUGACGACACUGAUAAUGGAAAUGGCCAGUGCAAUGGUAAAAGUCCUGCUGCUGCUGAGGGCUUUCUGGAUAGUAUCUUGUAUGGCAGCUUUUCUGAUUAUUGUGAUGGCUAUUCUGAUGAUUUUUAUGAUGGCUAUUCCGAUGACAUCAAAGAUGAUUAUGAUUAUGGAAGUGAUAUCAACAGCGACGAUGAUACAUACGAAUAUAGUGAAAUUGCAAAUGGCACUGAGGAUAAAUAUUUUGCAAAUGUCUCUGAAUUCAGUAAGGGUGGUAAAAAUUCUGGCUACAGUGGAAACUAUGGGUUUAACGACUAUAAAACUUUAGGUGGCCAAAAUAUUCUUUGCAGCCUUUUAAAUGCCAGAAGCAUAGAGCUGCUAGGUCAUUCAGGAGAGGUGGUUCUGAGGAGGGAAUCAGUAAGUUGUCCAACUUUUAACAACCUGAAGACUUUGUCCCUUGGUGAAUGGUGUAUCAGUAGGGGUGCUAAUUUUGACAUACUAGUUCGCUUACUUCAGCAUACACCUUACUUGGGGAAUCUCUUUCUCCAACUUGAAAUGAACUUUGACAUCCAAAAUGCACUGGGAAGAUUUAAACCGAACGGAGGAUCAUUUGCUUGCAAACACCUUAGAAUGGUGAAGAUCAAAUGCACCAAGGAUGAUCCUAGAGUCCAUAUGCUGGCACAGUUGUUUAAGGCUAAUGACAUACCGCUUGAGAAGAUUUGGGUACGCCGGAGUGGGAGCUUCAGUCUUCGUAUGCUAAAGCUAAACAGGGAAAUUAACAUUGCCGAAAUGCGUGCCUGUCGGUAGAAAACCUGGACCUUGUACGGUACAAGCAAGGCACUUGGGCUGGGCCGCUGGAGUCUGGGAGGCAAGAUAGCAUGCUUUUUGCUCACCACGUCGACAGUUCCUGUAGGCAUAUGGCAGAGCCUUGCCUCGGUCAAAUGUCAUCCUGAGAACCUAGCAAUUAUGACUACCUGAUGUUCAUUUUUAUCAUGUAGUAGUUUUUUUUCUCUGCUCUUCUAUUGCGAAUUUGCAAUCAUGGGUGACUUUUGGUGUUCUCUAGUUUUGUUCUGGAAUGACAAUGACAUGGCAUCCAGGACGAGUUUGGAUGGUGUUUUAACAAAUCUGGUGUUAUACUUUUGGAACCGCUACAAAUCAGACUACUGCUUCUUUAGCUUCCCAUUGGGCUAGUUUUUCA